AGCUCGGUUGCCAAAGGGAAAACUUUCACCGAGGAGGAAAUCAAGGGUUAGUUUUGUGAAGCUCGUUCGUGGCUGCGAUUAAUUGAUAAGCGUUCAAAAUACGACCGAACGUUAACAUUUCCAGUGUGUCUUGUGUGUGUGGGUUUUGCCAGCGUUUAUUGCCUUUAAAGCGUUACAGGAUAGUGUUGUCGAAAUAACUGCCCCUGAAAUAAGCGUGUACCUCAAACAGCAAACUAGCUUCGAUCGAUGCGUGAAGGAUAGUUUCUUUUUCGUGUAUCUUGUUCCUCCCCCCCGUUGCCUUAUCUGCCACCAGAUUCGUCCAAUCUACUCAACCUAGCUGCUUGAUAAGAGAGCCUCGGGCAGACCGUAGACUGUAAGCAAAUGUGAUGCGAGUAGCAAAAGAUGAAGUCAUAAAGUGCCCCUACACACUUGCAGGACCGAGAAGAUAGUUUCGAUAUCUUCUAUCUACACAAACUCACAGAUACACCGCACUACACAUAUCGUUUGUCAGCACAGUUUGCCCCGUCGUGUUACGAGAUUUGUCGUGGCAUGCGAUAGAGAGCACUCUGGUGGGUGAUUUCACGGUCCUUGGUGAUGCUGUCUCCAACGACGAGCUGAAGGUCGAGCACGGCACUGCUGCAACACACGCAAACAACUCCCGGGCGCAUCUCCUCCCAUCCCCAUACUGCCAGGUUGGUUUGGGGUUCUUUUGAUUUCGCUUGUUUUUCCGCCCUGUCGCCUCACUCCGGUACAGCGAAAUCAUAUUAAUCAACCAGAUAAGGAAACCCCUGACAAAGAUCUCAGCGGGACCCAUUCCCCGCGCUCGAGUGUACAGCAUACUCGUUCCCCGAGGGCCAGACUGCCGGACGAGCCAGAGGUGGUAGAGCCAGGUGGGGCAGGCAAGAUAUGAGUAGUGGGCCGCCGAGGAUGGGCGCUGAGGGUAAAAUGGCAAGUGCUAGCAGCAUGGAGCAGCGGGUAGAGGUCGCUGACAGCCACUCGGUGCAGCUGUUGGGAGCGAUAGAGACGUCGCCAUCGUCUUUGUCGUCGUCGUCGUCGUCGUUACCUGCCGAAGUCAACUUGAGCGGCAAGGAGCACAGUGUGGACAGUAAUUUCCUGACACCGCGCGCGGCACGUGAAGGAACGCCGCCACGGGCGGAUGCGCAGAUCGAAAUAGGUUUACCGCCGCGAGUGCCCCCGACCGGAUGUGUUAGUAGUGGUGGUGGUGGUGGUAAUAGUAGUGAAAGCAACAGUACCAACAGCAGCACUGCUGGAGCGCAACCGACAGCCGAAGCGAGCCAGCCGAAAAAGAAGGUCAUCCGGCGCAUCGUAAAGGUCCGGCGCGUCGUCAAGAAGAUGAAGAAAAAAGACGAAAAGUUCUAUCUGCGAACAGCAUUUGACCUGCUCGACCGUGACCAGGAUGGGCACGUGACACCAGAAGAGCUGCAGUUCAUGCUGCGAAACCUCGGCAUCCACGUACGGGAUGAGCUGAUCGACGAUCUGCUCCGGGAGGCCAGUCGGACAGGCAGUGGACUGAUAGACGAAACAGAGUUCCUCCAGUGGGUGGCGAGAAUACAGGCCCUAAAAGACGACAGCAACACCAGCAGCAGCAGUAGCAGCAGCAAUAAUCCCGCCCAGGCAGCCGACGACGAUUUAACGCAGGAUCUGGUGGCAGCGUUUCGGGUGUUCGAUCGAGACGGCAACGGGUACAUCACGAGAGACGAACUGAAAUCCGCCAUGGACAUGAUCGGCGAGAAUGUGACCGAAUACCAGCUGAACGAGAUGCUCGAGCUUGCCGAUGCCGAUAAGGACGGUCGAAUCAACUACGAAGAGUUUGCCCGAUUGCUGCUGUAAAACGCGUGCUCAGGACGAAGGUUUCCACCAGCCCCGAUCCAUCGUCAAGCAAGCCACUCGCCGCCGGCAACCCUAUGCUUUGCGGUACAGGCAACCCCGGCUAAUACAUCUCUACAGCACGGCUCCUUCGUGAAUUGACUACCAAACUAAUGCUUUAAUUAAAAUCUUCUUUUCAUCUGACAGAUGGUUUCGCUGUUUUGGAGCUUUUUUAGACUUUUUUGGUUCUUGUUGUAGAAAACAUCUUCUCGAAAUGUGAAGAAGCGAAUUUGAACUAUAAUAGGAAGCAAUCGUAAAUAAGUUUUCUUUUUAUUAUAUCAAAAUAUUGAACAUAAAAUUAAAACAAUUUGACUGAUUAGUGAACCAACAAUGGUAAAGUGUUUGUAUCCGAUGUUGAAAAGGAAAUGUUUUUUUCUUUUGUAGUCAGUCUGUUCUCGAUUGAAAUGCUUUCGGACAAUUUCGGUAAAACGUAAAAGAAAAGGCUUUUCCUUAAGAUAGCUUGCAAUCACCGUCUAGGCAAAGAAGCCAUUUGUAGCGAAAAAGACAAACCAAAUCGCAGCGAUAAGUAGAGCAAAAAGAAGAAAAAACCAAUGUAAUAACAUUAAUUAGCAUCCAUUUGUCGUUAUCAGUGUUUAGAGCUGCAAAUAUCUCCUUAAUUGCCCCGGGUAGUAUCAGCUUUCUAAGUUUUACGGUUUAAUUUUUGACGUGUUUAAGUUGGUUUGAUUGUUGUCUUUACCCGUAGCAGUGUUACGCACAGAACUAUAUACUACAAUAAGAAAUAAAGUAAAACAAAACACUAAAAACAAACUCAUAAACGAAUGCGUGCGUGUGGAUAGCACGGUUACACUUUCUGAAAAGCGCCAUCAAAAUAUCUUUACCGCUAAUGUUUGUAAUUACCCAUGCAAAAGUAUACUCCGAUAUUGCAGCAAAGCAGAUGCUUUAAAGUAGUAUUCCUUCUAUUGAAACUUGAUACACGCAGUGCGCUCGUCGGCCUGUUGGCGUGUUAUGUGAACAAAAAUAUCACCACCGCUAUUUAAAGUGCUUGAUGCUUGGAAAAAAAUGCAACUAGGCGUAAGUUUAAGCAAUUUUAAGGAAGAGCUUGCAGCAUCAGCGGCAGCAGCGGCAGUAAAGGCAACAGAGGCAGCAAAAAGGGACCGUUGCAUGCAUGCUGGUCCGUGAAAUGCUGGGAAGAGCAGCAGUCUGUACAGGAAUUGAGAGAGGGAGCGAAAGGUGGUAGGGAAAUUUGAGACCCAAGAGACGUCCUUGUAGUGUUGGUGGUUGUUGGUCAGUGUAUGAAUGCGUGAUGAAUGAAUGAGUGAACGAAACAGAGUGUGGUGUGCUGCAGUGUGUGAUGAUCGAAGGAGAAUCAUAGAAGAAAGAUAAACAACAAACAAACAAAAACUUAAAACUAUUCAAAACUACGGUUUAAAACAAACUCAAACCCGAACACAAGGUGGGAAAAGCAUCUACGUUUAACGCUACAAAAUAUUCAGCCAGUUUAAGGCGCCCGAGGCCGUUGUAGAGAUGGGCUGCGCAUAUUGUGAAUAGGAAAUAAAAAGGGCUCACCGCCCGAGUCGAUUCGUCGUUGUCGUUGAUAUUUUUUUACAAGACAAACAAACAAGCUGCUUCUGUUCUCAUUUGUUGAACGAAGUGUCUCUCUGUAUGUGUGUAUGUGUGUCUUGGGCAAAUAGCGCCAUAAUUGUUAUGUUUUCUAGACUAUAACGCUAUACAUACGUGUUAAGGAAAAAACCGUUUUGCGAUAAGAAUGUAUCAGUAUACUGCUUUUUUUUCGGUGCACGUUGGCGUAGGGCGCGCGAUCGCCAUUUGUGGUAGCAACUAAAUGUGUAUACAGGUAAAAAGGGAAAGGGAAGCGAUUUGCAAAAGCAAAAGGAAACAACAACAUGUACUGGGGCUAGAAAUGAUGCUUACAAUUAAAAUUGCUGUGUAUAGGAAGGAAAGACACGCACAAUUACGCAUCACGGUUUCGUUUGGUUUCAUUUUACGUUCAUACAAUUCAUCUUCAUCUAUUUCUACCACAUGUCUACCUUUAAGUGUAUAGCAAUUAGAUGAAUAAUAAUGGUGUAUUCGUCUCAUACUUCGUUUGUUAUGAUGUUAAAAAAUGUUAAGAGAUGUUUUGGAAAUUAAUCUAAUUUGCAAACAAGAAGUGGACAUAUGCACUGGCCCUAAAAAUCUACGUCAUAAAAUGCUACACACGAUGCCCGAGACAUGUAGGAAGAGGUAAAAAUCACAAAUCAACCAGAACAACAAUUUAGAGUGUUAAUGUUAAUGCGGCUGUUUCUUACUUAAUGUUUAAAAAAUGCAAUGCGAAGAUGAGUAAACGCGAUAAAAUGCAUCGCAUAACCAAACUCAUCAUUACACCAUUUGCAAAGCAAAACAUCAAAGAAAAACAAUGAUUUUGCUUUCGAAUGGGGAAAAGAUGAACGCGGACAUAUACACACGGCAAGCUGGAUGAUGUUUCAAAACAAAAAUAAGUGAGCUGAAAAAGGAUUCAACAGGAAUGUAAUGCUUGCAAUCGCCUACGGAUUGGAGAACAAAAUAAAGUCAUGUGACUGAUUUUUACACCAGUGAGCGGAGGGGAACAUAACACGCAGGCUCAAUGUUGACAUUUUUAAACAGCAGACAAACUUUGCGAGCUGCUUUCUUUGCGACAAAGAUCGCUAUGAAACGUGCACAAUAAGCAAAGUGAAUGGUAAUACAUUAUGGUACUGUAAAGCCCCACGAUGAAACACAAUGUGGGGCGUUAUUUUUAGAACGAUUUUUAAAGGCGAAUUUUGAAACCGAGGCCCAUUUUUGAAACCGAGCCCCGUACGAAACAAUUUUCCCGAGCAGCAAAAGGAGCAACCUACAACUUUAUGGAUCAUCCCAAACAAAUGGCACGAAUGAUUGCAACUAAGCUGUCUCUCUCUCACACACACAUUCAUGUGCAUUGUUCCUUCCCGGUCAGCCAUUAAUCCUUUGAAGGGUGAGUGAGGCUGCCUCGAUAAUCCCAACGCGAUUUAGGCUCUCACAAUGAAGUAAAAACACUACCCCUCCGCCCCCUCCCCACCACUCGAAAAUACUUGAAUUGAAGGCAAAAUCCUACCGAGCUGUAAACAAAUCAGUUAGCUGCACCACCCCAACCCACAAUGUAGCUGAAUUGGUGUGGCGAAUCAUAAGUCAUUAUCCGCGUAAAUUGGUAGAGCUAAUAAGCUAGUGAGAAAACAGAACGGUCUUCAAAGUUAAACACCAACGAUCUAAAACGCACCACCAAAGUGAAUUGGCUGACGCGCUUCGCUUUGUCUACCAAACGGUUUAAGUGUAGGCCCGUUGUAAAACUAGGAUUGACGUUGUUUUAGCUUUCCAACGUGCACCUCCCCCACUUGCUUUUUUAGAUUAUAUCUCGAGUUAAACGUCCCACCUUACAAUUCUACGUUUGCCGGAUACAAAACCCUCCUCUCCGAACCAACUGUUUGAUGUAAACGACGCCCAUAUAUUUAACGAUAAAAUCCCCGUAACAGCGUAAAUAGAUUGCGUGAAAUCUGAAAUUAUUAAAAGAAAAGCAAAGACGAUAUCAAUUGACAGAAUUUAAACACAGCAAACAAAAAGAAAGGGCAUACACACUAUUAGCUAUUUUUGGAGGUAUUUUUUGUCAUCUCGCUAAGGCUAGCAAGCAGCCAGGAGCGAGCAGGAGGAAACACGCAAAUCAAUAAAAAAAUAAAUUACCAAACAAGAUGUGAGGCUAGGCGACGUAAUAAAUUAUUGUUCAAUACAACGGUGUUUUACGCUAAGCGAUACGUAUUAUUGAAACAUGGAGCUGCGUGAUAAAACCACAUAAAAAAUGUUAAACUUGUUACAUACUACUCUACUACUUACGGGAGAUGGGGAGUUGGGUCUACUCUUUCGUCGCUAGCUGGGGUAAUGACUAUUCUUCCGUUGUGCUUAUAUUGAACGUCUAAUAUGCGAUAUAUACAUAAUCUACCACCAUAAACAAUGCAACAACUAAUUACAAACGAAACCCAGUUUCUAGCUAUCGAUGGUAAACAGUUGGUUUAAAAGCAAGCAGAAGAGGGGAAAAUACAUAAUGCGACAGCAUUCAAAUAAGCAUCCUAUUGCUAACCCUACACUAAGACAACAAGAGAUAACUAUUAGCUAAUAAUGGCUCUUUGAUCCAUAUAGUUAUGCAUACCCUAUCGAACGUGUUUAGCCUGUAGUUGUACCGGUAUAGUAAUGGAAGGUACCUUACUUUUUGUUAUCCUGCAAAAGUUCUACUUCUUCUUCAUACACUGGGCCAUGAAAACGAUAAAAUAACGUUGACGUCCCAUUUUCAAGCAAGAAUGUGAAAUAUUUUUCACAUUUUUUCAAACAUUUUUUGUAACUAAUUUCAAACUAGUAUGGCUCGAUGCUUACAGUCUCCAAUGCUAUGUAUAAUAGCAUAAAUUCAUAAACUGAAUUUAAACUGCUUCCAAACCAACACACAUUUUUCGGACGAUUUAAAAAAAAAAUAACAUAAAUACCUUAUAGAUUUUCGGUUUGUUAAUUUUUCAUCCCUUACUACUAAUUCGUCUUGCAAAUCCAUUGUCUAUUUUGUUAAUGUUUUUGAUUAUAAUUCCUCUAAAUGAUUUCAAAUGAGAAAAAUAAUGAAUGAUCAUGGUAAUUCCCACACAUUAUUUUCAAAAAAAAAAUCUCCACAACUUUUUCUUGACAUGCAUCGUUUUAACAACCCCCAGCAGUAAAAACCAAAUGUUCCAACCCAAUCCAAAAGUAUCCAAACGAAACAAAUAAGCUUUCUUCGACGAUCCCCGCACAAGUCCAAUAAAUGAAACACUCAUGCCAAAAAAACAUUAACACAGGCAAAAAUGUAACUCGAACAAAAAAAGGAAAAUGAUAUAUUGUGGCCUUUUCAGUAAAACAUGAAAAAAAUAAUCAACAGAAAGUUGCAUAUUAAAAAAAUUUACACAAAAGCGCAACAAAAUGUUUGCAUUACGCAUUGAGUAUGAGUAUUACUCGCUUAAUGUGGUACAUAAUUUAAUUGUUUUUGAUACGUAAACGCCGUGUAACGGAAAGAAUGAAACACAGAUGUUGAUGUUGCUUAGGUUAGCAUGGGGUAAUGAUUUGGUUUUUCUUUUGCUUUCCGUUUUCAUUAGCGAAGCAUUUUCUUGUAUCAUUCAUAUCAGGAAGUAACUAAACGAGUAGCUGAGUGCAACAAAAAUAGGAAGAUGUUGUUACGCUUGUACGCAGACGACGACGGGAAGGUAGAAAGAUCAACGCCGAAGAAACGGUUGACCGUUUAAUUGAUAAAGAAAACAUACAAUAAAUAACUAAACGUGUGUACUGAUUUUAAAAUAUAAUAAUCCAUAUUUUAUAUACGUUGGGAUGACGUUUUCCUGAUUUUACCGAGAAAAUGUAUAGGAAGGACACCGCGUUAAAUGUGUACGCGGAAUGAGAACAUCAGCACAGAGCUACUCUGAAAACAUGAUUCAAAAAUUUAAAGUGUGUUAAACAAACAUAAAAAAGGGAAAAAAGAAAUCGAACACAUACUUUUUGUGUUUCCACAUGUUUCUUUCCCUUGUGAUUAAAAAAAAAAAGAAAUGAAAGCACACACAUAAUAAGACUACCGUAUCUAUUUAAAAGUGAAACUGCGCACAGAAUGUGUGCACAAAUUAAAAGGAAAAAGUUAGUUUUUAAUAAAACAAUAAACAUCAUAAAUCAAAAGAUUAUAUUAAACCGACCGAUACAACACACUCAGUACUGCUUUUAUGCAUACGCUCGUACUACUGUCAGCAAAUAUUGUGACGUGCAAACAAAGAGAAUUUAAUUGCAGAACGACACAUAAUAGGGGAACGAUUAUUAACGUUCGCAUUCAUUUGUUAUUCGGUUGCAGUUGGGUGAAAGGAGGGUGAAUAAGAGAUAAAUAAACAUACAAGUUGUUUUCAAA